CCUCCGCUCAUUGUCUUGUCCGCCAUGAGGACGUCCACUCUCUUUGUCGGCUCCGUCUGCGCCGUCUCUCUGGCCUCGGCGCAGGUCCGUCUGCCGUUCACCCGCCAGAGCAGGUCACCCGCCGGCACCAAUGUCCAGACUCGGUCCGCCGCCGCCGCCGCCGUCGCCGCCGAGGGCCCCGGUGGUGGACGCAGAUCCCUCCCCUCGGUCGACUUCUCGGUCGACAACUGGCAAUACGUCGUCAACGUCACCGUCGGCACGCCGCCGCAGGACAUGUCCCUGAGGCUGAGCAUACUGGAGAGCGCCUCAUGGGUCCCCAACCGCGCGAAAUGCGCCGACUCCCUGCCAUACGACGACUACACCCUCACGUACGCGUCCCAAGCGGAGAAACCCUCGUGCGAGUACGGCGCCUUCGACCCCAUCGCGUCCUCCACCUACGUCAGCCGGGACACCGCCUCUUUCUCAAGCUGGGACAUCUCCGACAUGGUGAGAGGCGACUGGGCCAGCGACACCCUGAGCAUCCCCGGCGCCACGCUGCCCAAUCUCACCAUGGGCCUUGUUCCGUCGGCCGAGAACUUCGUCGGCGUGCUGGGUCUGGGGUUCAACGUGAGCCGCGAUCUCUGGAGCGCCUCGACCGAUCCGCCCACCGUUCUCGAGCGGCUGCUGGAGGACGGCCACAUCAAGUCCACCGCCUACAGCCUCUGGCUCGAUGACGACGACGACGACGACAACGACGACGACUACGGCUCACCCAAGUCCGGACACCUGCUUCUGGGCGCCGUCGACAAGUCCAAGUUCGAGGGGCCCCUCCUUCGCUUUCCCACCUGGAGCUCCCAGGGCAGGGUUUCCAAAUACAGAGAGCGCAUUUUCGACGCAACGCUCUACUCCGUCAACGGGAACAACUCGCCGUUGGGCGCACCGCAGCCUCUCGGACAAGAAGUUCUGUUGCAGAACGUAGACGCCGUCCUCAUCAUCGUCCGGCUGGAGCCCCAGUCCGUGUUCUCCGUGCUGCCAGACGCCCUCGCGCGGGAUAUCUGGGCCCUCGCGGGCGCCACUUGGAACACCGACUUCUACGCGGGCGUCAUCCCGUGCGCCGCGGCUGGAACCCUCACGGGAAGCAUCGGCAUCCGGCUCUACGGGUCCCAGGGCCCCGUCCUGGUCGUCGCCCUCGCCGACCUAGUCGUGCCCGCGGACGUCUGGGCGUACUCGCUGCGGUCCCCAGACGCCCGAUCGACCGAGGAGUACUGCAUGUUCGCGGUCCAGUCCGAGGUCUCGACCUCUUCCUACAGCCUCCACUGGCUGGGAGGCGCCGUCUUCCGGCAGUCCUACAUGGUCUUUGACCUCGCCAACGAGGAGGUGGCCAUGGCGCAGGCCAGUCUCGGCGGCGCAACAUCGACGGAGGAGGAGGAGGAGGUCGUGCCCUUCGCCAGCUUCGGGGCUAGGGUCCCCGAGUCGACGUGGGCAAGGCCCGACUAUUGCCCCGGCUCCUACGCCCAGUGCGGCGGCAGCGGGGACAGUGAGUCUCUCCCGCCCCCUGUCAAGAUCGGAAUCGGCUUGGGCGUCGGCCUGUUCUGCCUCCUCGUCGGCGGCCUGUCCUUCUGGGCCAUCCGACGAUGCCGUCGGAUUAGAAAGGGCGGACGGGAAGUCUCGGCGAAGCAGGCAGACAUGGAGCAAGAGGCCAACCCGCAGGACGGCACUGGUGAUGGAUGCAACGCGGCUCAGGAGGGCUCCCUGCCGCAGGCCGCCGUGACGUCGGAAGGCCCCCAUGACGAAGACCAUCGACGAGCAGCGUGACAGCAAGAAGGUGACUUCCGCGAGACCGCAGUAGAGAAGAUGAUUAUUUCUGUAGGAUAACUCAUAAUGCAGCGUCUGACUCCCAGUGCGUAGUGGUGUAGUCAUAGAAGCAUUCCUGUUCUUGUCUGAUUUCUGUGUCCUGUUGAUUUCAGCCGGCCAGAAUCAAGGGAUCAGCGUCAUUUGCUCUGCAACCAAUUUUCGGACCGGUCCGGGAUAUUCUAAACCAGUCCGACGGUCAUGAGGCAUGGCAGUCCUUCCGGAGAUGAUGUGUUGGUGGGAUGACUGCUCUCUGAAUAUGACCACUUCUGCCGCUACGGGAGUGAGGUUCUGGUUGGAUAAGGUCCCGAUAACCCAAUCCGCGAGCGUCUCUACUACCUAUUCCUGUCUUCCCUUGCUGCAACGUUGCAGACCACACUGCUGUGGCUGCGUGGAAAUCAACCUCAUGAACACACCCCAGAUGGGACUGAUGCCGAAAACCACGACCGAUGCUACUCUGCAAUAAUGCAGGAAAUCAGAUGGCAGCUCCCAGAGUCCUUGGUUGCCGCCCGAACCCCUGGGCGUUCUUGUUAUGUAAACUAGAAAGACGGUGGUGGUCGUGGUCGAUGGAUGCACCGUUCAUUCGCGACUUGGUCACAUUUCCACCUUGUGACUUCCGGAAGUCUGCCAGGCUGUGUUCAAGUUACUGCUAAGUAUUUUGAUAG